GGGUACAACAGCUCCUGCUCCUGUGGGAAAAUCACUCCUUCAAUCGCCCACGCUCACAACUGACUCUCUAUCUUCCUCUCCCUCCCUCUGCUGAUCCCUUGUUUCCUGCUGUGUUUCUUCAUCCUUCCUUCAGAGCCACCUCACUAGGAUCCAACCAGGAUCCACAAACCAGCUCUUCAAGGAAAUGGCUUCCAAACAGCCAAUUGGCUACAAAUGUUGCAUAGCAGGAGUGCUGCUUCUCCUCUUGGCCAGCGUUGCCGCCCUAGUUGCUGUUGCUGUCAUCCAGGACACCUGGAGGUUCAAUGACUACAGCUAUGAGGGCACAGCCAGUGAGGCCACCCUGGUGUCCAUGCUCGCCGCCCGCUGUAAAGCAGUCCGCCGCAUUCAGGCCUCCAACCCUGAGAAAUCAGAGGCUGAUAUCCUCUCUAAACUGGUGGCUUACACUUCAGAGCAGGCUCAUUCUUCAGUGGAGCGUGCUUCUCUGAUUGCUGGAGUGAUGAUGAAGAAGGUUCCUGCAGACAACAACUAUGGUGUAGAAGGAGCCAUGCUUAAGAGGAUGCUGGAGCAGGACAAAGCAGAUGGACUCAUCCCUUUCCAUUUCUGUGCGACCCUUGGCACCACGCCAUCAUGUGCUUUUGAUCACACCACCGAGCUGGGGCCAAUAUGUAAUGAAGAACAGAUGUGGAUGCACAUUGAUGCAGCAUAUGCAGGGAGUGCAUUCAUCUGUCCUGAAUUUAGGCCUCUGUUGAAUGGCAUUGAGUUUGCAGACUCAUUCAACUUCAACCCACACAAGUGGCUUUUGGUCAACUUUGACUGCUCUGCAAUGUGGGUAAAGAAGAGAGAGUCAAUUAUUGGAGCCUUCAAGGUGGAACCUCUUUACCUGAAACACGAAAACCAGGAGUCAGGGGUGAUCACAGAUUAUAGGCACUGGCAGAUUCCCCUUGGCAGAAGAUUUCGCUCACUCAAGAUGUGGUUUGUCUUCCGUUUGUAUGGGCUCCAAGGCCUACAGGAUCAUAUACGCAAGCAAGUGGCCCUGGCCAAAGAGUUUGAGAGUCUGGUGCGAGCAGACAACAGGUUUGAGAUCUGUGCAAAGGUCGUCAUGGGACUGGUCUGCUUCAGGCUCAAGGGCUCCAAUGGGUUGAGCGAGCUCUUGCUGAAAAGGAUCACCAAGAGCAGAGAGAUCCACCUCGUGCCUUGCCAGCUCUCCGGCCGCUUUGUCCUGCGCUUUGCCAUCUGUGCACGCAGUACUGAAUCAAGACACAUCCAGCAUGCAUGGAAGCAUAUCACGAAGCUCACCUCUGAGAUGUUGGAGUAGAGGCAUUAACCAAAAAAGAUUCUGAAAGGAGGACCAAAGUUAGUUCAAAACAUCUAAAUCAUUUUGCAGGUAUAAAAGUCAUAAAGGGAAUGAACAAUACUUCAUAACUCACUUAGCAGUCAGGUUCUGUUCUGUUCUGCGGAAUUUUGAAAAUGAUUGUAUGUGAAAAUAAUUAUAUUAGAAAUCUACAAAAAAAAUAAAAUGUGUAUAAAUGAAAGUAAUGCACAUUCAAAUAUUACAUUUUCAAUCUGCAACUUCUCCCUCCAUUGACUUCGCUUUAACUGUCACUGUUUAAUGAAUAUGUUAUUGUCCUCAUCAUAAUGCAGCCAUCCUGAGAUAGACCUGUUUUAACUGUCAAUGCCGCUUCUGUGUCUUCUACAUACAAAAAAGGUGAUUGGAAUGGAGAAAGGUUUUGUGUUAAUAUUGCACAUUUUUUUGUUUGAUUGAGUUUUUUGAGUAUAUGUCUAAUUUUCUAUUGGUGGUGCUUUUUGAUGUUGUACGCUAAAAAAUAAGGAGUUGUUAUGGUGUGAAAGAGUUAUUUUAUCACAUUGCUCAUGUUGUUUGGCGAUAUAUUUUAUGGAGCACUUCGAAAAGCCUGUAAAGGUAAAUAAAUUGUUGCUCCUACUAAUCAGGUAAAACCCUUUUACAAGUGCAUUCAUUUAUUCAUGACCUUAUCGGCAAAAGUACUUAUUGUAAUAGAUGAUGAUAGGCAAGGUUUUAUAAUAAAAAAUUUAAAAAGAUGAUAUUCUAUUCUAUUAUUUCAAUAGUGUCUUAUGCACAGAGUGUAUUACUGAGUGUAUUCCCAAACAUUACAGUGAGACAGGGAAUUUAUUUGUGACACAGAUUUAACAUAAUCGGCAUGUACUGUAUUGUGUGUUCCAGUAAUCUAGGAUCCUUCACAACAUCCACAUGUAUCUCUCCCUAAAUACUGCUUGUGUAAGCCUCAAGAUAAAAAAAAGAUUGUCAUGAUUUACAAAUGUAAAACUUCUAAAACAAGGCUAGUCUCCUGUCUGUCAAUAAAACGUGUCACCAUGGUGUCUGGGUUGCUAAUCCCUCCUAUUUGUCUGCCAGGGGAAGACCUGCAUAUCUGUGGUGUGACCUCAUCGAACCUUGUUGUCAAUUCAUUUGAAUGUUUCAAAGUAUACUACUUUCUGACUUGGCGGUGCAAUGGUAUGGGUUUGUUUCAAUAAAGUCUUCUCUAGUCUGCAAA